AUGGAUUUUCGAUCGGAAGCCAAACUUGGAGUGUUUAUUGUAUUGCUGAUGUGCGCAAGUGCUCAGCCAUUUACAAUUGACAACAAACCUCUAGAGCAACGUACCAGUUUCAUUUUCUACGACCAAAAUAAUCGCGAAACUUCAAAUACGAAGUGCUAUGAAACGAAGAAAUAUUCAAUGAUAGUUCCAGGAUUUACGGAAAGCUGUGAAACAUUUUGGGUUAGAGAUUUGCGUCAGAAUUUGCUCAAUAAUAGAGAGGGAUGCGUUAUCUGCAUGGACUAUUCGGAUUACAACAAAGACUAUCCGUUUUUGAUCGCACACUUUAAAUCAGUUGCAAAAGUAUUGACGGAUAAGCUGAUGGAACUACGUGUCAAAGGAUUUCGUCAUUCUGAUGCUUAUCUCUUUGGCUUCAGCUACGGUGCCCGGCUCAUAGUUCGUGCUGGUAACGAUAUUGGUCCAAGGCAAUUGGGAAUAAUUCAUUUAUGUGAUCCAGCCGGUCCGGGAUUCUCAAAUAAUGCUGAUCCAAGAACUGCUGCACAGUACUCUCAAUGUAUUCAUACAAAUUCAAAAGGACGCGGAACUGAAGAACGAAAUUGCGAUCAAAACUGGAUGAUGGGUUAUUGUGGCGAAUGGCAACCGGCAUCUGGACCGAAACCGUUGGGUAGCCAUGGAUUAUGUCCAGUAAUGUAUAAUAAUAGCUUCAAGUAUAAAUUUAUGGCUAUCGAAAAGCGCAGAACAUGUAGUGCACCAGCUAACCCUCGUGAUUUAAGUAUUUUACCAUCGGAUGGAAUUCGAAUGGGCUAUUUCCAAAAACUCUACAAUUCCACACUGUUGACUGGAAUCAAUCUGUAUGCCAUCACAAAAAAAAAUCCACCAUACUGCUAGGCUUCGCUUUCGAAAAUGACCGCUAUCUUCGUUUGGUAUUGACUUCAAUGAACUUUUUAAAAAUGGAAAUAUGAUUUAAUGUUGCUUUUUUCCA